GAUCAGACCGCUUCACAUCGAGGAGGACUCCUCUGCUCUCCAUUAGAAAAUACUUUGAGGUUCCUCUUUUUGAGAUUUGAUAGUUUAAGGACAGACCUUUUCAUCAUGGACGUGCAGAGGACAGGAUCCCUGGUUCGACCCCCCAGCCCCAUGGACAGCCUUGAGAAGCAGCUGAGUUGCCCCAUCUGCCUGGACAUGUUCACCAAGCCCGUGGUGAUCCUGCCCUGCCAGCACAACCUGUGCCGCAGCUGCGCCAGCGACCUCUACGACUCGCGCAACCCGUACCGCUUCUCCGGCGGCGUCUUCCGCUGCCCCACCUGUCGCUUUGAGGUCGUCCUCGACCGGCACGGCGUCCACGGCCUCCAGCGCAACCUGCUGGUGGAGAACAUCAUCGACCUCUACAAGCAGCAGCAGGAAGGUAAAGGUGACAGCACAGAAACCCUGAAGCCCAAAGAGUCCAAAGAGCCCAUGUGCCAAGAACACGAGGACGAGAGAAUCAACAUCUACUGCGUGACCUGCCAGGCGCCCACCUGCUCCAUGUGCAAGGUGUUCGGCCAGCAUAAAGACUGUGAGGUGGCACCUUUAGCAACCAUCUACCAGACCCAGAAAGGUGAACUGAGCAAUGCCAUUGACACUCUGGUUGCCAGCAACAGCCGUUUGCAGGUCCUGCUGACCCAGAUGGAGGACUCCUGCCGCACCGUGCAGGAAAACGCUCAGCGAGCUAAACAAGGGCUAGCCGAGCGCUUCGACCUCCUGUACGCCAUCCUCGAAGAGCGCAAGGCCAUCCUGCUCGACCAGAUCGGGAAGGAGCAGGACGAGAAGGUGGCGGCGCUGCGGGCCCUGGCCCAGCGGUACGGCGAGCGGCUGCAGGCCAGCACCGAGCUGACGGACACGGCCGUGAGGGCUCUGGAGCAGAACGGCGCCGCCGAGUUCCUGUUGGCUUCGAAGGGCCUCAUCACGAAGACCAAAGACGCAGCCAAGGCCUCGCUGGGCGAAGAGCGGCCCGAGCCGGGCUUCGAGAAGAUGGACCACUUCACACUGUCGACAGAACACGUCGAAGCGGUCCUCGCAAAAAUGGACUUUGGAUCCGGCGGUGCCGACGAUGAGUUUGAGGACGCAGAGGAGGAGGAAGAGUAAUUUAAGAACUGGUCGCGGAGUUCGAAUCGUGUUCAAGUCAGGGUGGAAACUACCAGUGCAAUAUUCAAUGUCGUUCUUCUCGUCUUCUUUUUAUACUUUUGUAUUUUAAAGUCAGUUCAGAGUUUAGUUUUAAUGUUCUACGUGCGUAGUUUAUGGAAAUAUUUAUGUUCUUUUUGUUAUUUACCUGUUUCUGCCUUUACUGAUACUUGAAAUAAAGUUGC